GCUGUUGUGGUGCGGGCGCGCCCGUGCGGAGCGGCCGCGGGGCGAGCGCGGGGCCGGCGGCAUGAGCGGCGUGCCGGGGCUCAAGGAGGACUGCGAGGAGCUGCUCGGCGCCUUCCAGCAGGCAGACACCGUCCGCUUCGAGCGCUUCGCCGAGCUGUGGCGGGAGCGCCGCUUCCACACCGUCUUCUAUGGUAGAAUGAGAGCUUUGGAGAGGAAUAAGCUCACAAAGAAGACUCUAGAUCUGGCCCGGCAAUACUUUUUUCCCCCCUACUCCUUCCAGAUCCGAGUUGGUGCUCUGUACCUUCUGUAUGGGCUCUAUAAUGCCCAGCUUUGUCAGCCAAAACAAAAGAUCAGAAUUGCACUCAAGGAUUGGCCUGAAAUCCAGAAAUUCCAGCUGGAUCUGCUUGACUCCCAGCACUAUGAUGCAGCCUAUAUCUUUAGGAAGCUGCGACUUGCCAGAGCUUUCCAUUUCACAGCAAUGCCAAAGCUACUGACCUACAGAACUAAGAAGAAGAGUGAGGAAAAUUAUAUUAAAGAAGAAUUUAAGGACCCGAGUGACAGAGUAAACAGCCUUAUCACUAAUGAUGUAUUGGAGGAACUGAUGAAUAUUCACGACCAUUAUCAGAAAAUGAAGUGUGUCAUUUCAGCUGACAAAUCCCAGCCAGACAAGGCCCUGAGCUUGAUAAAAGAUGACUUUGUGGUCACUCUCAAAGACAUAACCUUGGAACAUCAGGGAUGGCAGCAGAACAGAAUGAAAUUACUCCAAAAUAAUGAAGUAACUCAUGAAACGGAAAACAAAAAGAAAGAACAGACUUUCCUAGAACCAGAGGGUUCUGAAAGAGCAAGUGCCCUGGCAAGAAUCAAAUACAAGUCUUAUUCUGCAGUUGUUGAGGUUUCCAAAUCCAGGAGACAUCGUCAAGUCCGGUUGGAAUCCUCUGAACCAGGAUCCAGUUGUGGGAAGUCUCCAAGUCGAAGUAAAAAGCCCAGCAGGAGACCACAGCCAGCAAGGAGAGGUUCUUCUUCAGAAGUUAGAGGUGAAAUGCAAGUGGCCAAGGAAACUGUAACUCAGCAUAUCGGGAUGCCAAUAAUCGUAGAAGAGGACUCAGAGGAAGGAGAAGUAUCUCUCCCCAAGAGGAGAAGACAACGUUAGAGGAUCCACACGGAGAAACACUGAUGUUAAUUUUAAUGACAAAAUGAAAAUGUCAGAGGUAACACCAAGUGCUUGUUUUGGAUACCUUGGAACAUAAAAGGUGUCUGGGGCCAGAAGCACAGGUGAUGUUGCAAUACUGGUAGUGACUGGGAUACUUCAGCUGUCUUGUGAUGCCUUUAUUCACCUGGUGAAUAUUUCUUGUGGGAGACUGAAGUUGCUGUGUCCUGGCUGAGACAGAAAAAGAAGGCUCAGAAAAUAUUUCCCUAUGUAAUACAUGUCUAUAAUCCUUUAUCUCUGAACAUAAGGUUAUUGACUGUUGAAAAUUAGUGCAAUAAAUUAUUUUUCAUGGUUGACUUGCUCCAUUUUAUGGUGUGUAAACUUCACUGCAUAUCAUGGUUUGAUUCCACACAUGUGGAAAUGAACUUGCUGAUAAGCUUUUUGUUGUGCCCUGUCUCCAGCAGAUCUGGAGUUAGUGUAUUCAAGUGGAGGGAUGUAAAGGGUGUUCAUUAAUUCUGCAGAUAACCCUGAGCUGUAUAAGGGCAGGACUGGAAUUCAAAAUUAUCUUUAUAAAUUGGAGGGGAGUGAAGGAAGUGGGUGCAGAAAUAAACAUAGAUCUCAGCAUUGAGAACAGGCACAGCGUGGGGAAAUGCUUGGUAACAGUGCAGCAGAAAAAGUAAAUGGGCUGAGAAUCAUCAGCUGGAAUAUUUUCUUUUAACACUAAAACAGUAGAAUUUGUGUCACUCAGCCUUGGAAGGCUGGAGCCUUAAAUAUCCCCAUCUACCACAACAGCUUAAGAAGAAUGUGGAGUUACUCUCCUUGGAAUUUCUCUGGUUCAUCACAACUGUUCUUUCAAGAAAGGCAAAGGAGUUAAGUGUCCUUUUCUACAAGAAGAAAUGUAAAUUAGAAAUUUGAAAGAUUUUGAAUACAAAAAGAAAACCUAAUUUGAAUUAAUUAGUUUGGUAGUAUGACUCUCCAAGGCCAGAGGAAUUUAAGUGCUCUUAUGUAGAAGAAAAAACAUUUCAAUGGAGAUGCAAAGGGUUUUACUAUCAAGAGUUUUACUGUCAAAAGUUUCCAUAUUAAAUGUGUUGGUUGGCAGGGAGGAAUGGGCCAAAAGAGGUUGGAAAAGCUGAUGAUGAAGUUCCAGUGUUGCACUCGACCUUGUUAACAAGAAAAGAGGAAACACUUUGUAAUAAAGCCAAACCUUACUGCACUGUAAACUGAACAAUCAAAUAUUCAGUUGAGUAACCAAAGUCUUGAUAGACUAAUCCAAAAGUCAUUAUUAGCUCAGAUCUAAUUAUUGUAGAAAAAGAAUACUUCUACACAGAUAAAAAACCCCUGUAGUGGUAACAACACAGUUAAAGUCAUCAUACAUACAUUUAGUUUCUACUCUUUUUUUUCUGGUUUAUCAUUCAUUCUUCCACUGCACUCUUUGUCCUGAGGUUGGGUUAAGGCUGUGGAUGAUUCAGAUGUGUUUUUCUUAAAAGGACUGAUCUAUGGCUAUGAAUAAUUUGGAGGUAUCGUUUCUGUAAGGUUUGAACAAUUUGAUUUUAUUUAGGUUUUCUGACAAUGCCUAUGCUUUUCUGCUGCCUGCACAAACGCUGCCUCUGUGCAUUUCUUCUACUUCUUGAUGAGCAGGUACAAAAAAACCCAAAAGAAACCUCAAAGUGAAACGUAAUCAGAUUAUUUUUGCUCAGUAACAUGUCUAAGGAACAUGUUUGAUACUGUUCCCUGCAGUGGCACUUUUUUGUAACGUGACCAUCUAAUUUGCCUCUCCUUAUACCUUUGGGCUACCCCAAGAGCUGAAUAAGGGGUGGAAUUUGUGACAAUUUUUGAUACUUCUGAGUGACAUGAUAAUUUUUGAUAUUUUUGAGUGACAUGAGUCCUCCUUGCACUCCUCUGCAAAUGAUGUGCAAAGCGUGCAAAGGCUUGGCUAGGCACAAGGAUGGGUGCAUUCAACUAGAAGUUAUUUUCAUAUUGUAAUAAUGAAAACAAAUGUUCUGUAAUUUGUUUAUAAAAUUACAUAGAUGUAAAUGGAAGUCAUGAUUAAGAAUAAACUUAGAACUGCUGA